CACAGAAACAGAGCUGUGUGCUGCCUCCUGCCCCAUGUGCUGCCCACUGACUGACAGACCAUGGGGCACCAACAUCAAGGGGUGGAGAGAGCCCAGAGCCUGGAGCAUCAGUCCUGGGUGAAGGAGAGAAAUGUGAGAGACGGGUUGGGGGAGACAGGGAGGAGGCACUGCUAGCAGUGCUCUGGGCAGCACUGGCAGGAGGAGCGGGGGGCAGGAGAGUCCAUCACUGUGGUAUCAGUCACCCCCCAACAGGGCAUGGGCUGUGCUAUUGACACAUGGAGCAGAGAUGGAGAAGCUCCACGGGGAGUGGGAAUCGGUGCAGGGUCUGCACUGGGAUGUGACCAACGGUCCAAAGGGGCACAAGGGCUGUCUCCAAAGGGGUGGUGUGAGGCUGACACUACCCCAGACCAUCUCUAUCCUGCCUGGGGAUGUGGCUGCAGUGCCAAAACAACAGAGUGGGGCUGUGCUGUGGAGACAGCCCUGUGCUGGCCCAGGGAAUGGGGCUGGGGGAACCCAGCAGGGUCCCAUCCCUCUCUGCCCAUCCCCAGACCAGCCUUGCCUCUGUCCCCAGGCUCCGGGAGAGCUGGGGAGCCCUUCCCUGAGGCCGUGUAUGAGGAGAUCGCCUACAGCCUGGCGUGGAAGAAGCAGCCGAGGUUCAGUCUCUCAGAUGUCCUGCCUGGAGGUGAACCAGCAGAUGGCUACGAUGAUGCUGGGGAGGUUUCUGACCCUGGGGAGGAUCCUGUCCCUGGAUACAGGGACUGGGAAGUGCCCAGGACAGCAGAGGAAGGAGAUGGGCCCAGGGAUGCAGCCACAGGAGGAAGCCUGCACACCCGGAGAAGUGCUGGGCACCCUGGAGCUGAGGGAGACACCUCGUCCCCUUUCCUGGGCACCAUGGGCUAUGACGAUGCUGAAGAGGUGUCUCUGGCAUGUCCCCACGAGGACUCCCACCAUGUGACACCCGAGCCCUUUGCACAAGGGUCCCACAGCCCCAGGCCAGCAGAGCCCAGCCCUGCCGAGCAGCUGGGUGCAGCUGCGAGGGAGAAGAGCUCAGUGCCACUGGGAGAGCCGUGAGUGCCGGGGAACCGUCUCCCUUUUCCAGCAGACAGCAGACACACAUGGGCAUUUAGUAUCUCUUAGUAUCCACCUAUGAUCUUUUCCCUGUGUGUUGGUAUUUCCUCAUAUUAAAACCUUCUGGGGCCCAGAACCAGUGCUUCCCUGCCCAGGUGUCAGGGUGUCUCCCUGGGGCUGGUGGUAGGGGGCAGAGAUCAAAGAUGCAGUGGUUGGGACUGGGCACAUCUUGGGGCCAGCAGGAUUGGGGUUUGGCUGUGGGGCUGCCAGAGCUCCUGGUCCCUGGACACUAUUCCUUCUACAGAGACAUUUCCCUCCUGCCAGCCACAGGCAGUUUCCAGACAAAGUGGAUCUCUGUGAAGCCCCAUGAGGCACUCACUGGCAGUGCUCACCCUCUGCUGCCUUGGGCCCCCAUGGAGCCCAAGGAUGCCUGCCCAGCACCCAUGGGCAGAGAUACCUCUCUUACAGGAGCUGAACGGGGAGAAAGUUUGGACCCUUGGGCAGGACUUGGCACCCAAACCUCCUUCCCAGCUCCUGCUGGGGGGUCCCCACAGCCCUCCAGCUCUUCCCCUGCAGGCUCCUCUGCUGCAGACUGGGAGGUGCUUUUGGUAGUGGGAAAGUGGGCUGGAACACCUAUUGGAGCACCUAUUUAAUCCCUUUGGGUCAGCUGUCCUGGCUGUGUAUAGUCUUCUCUGGGUAAAGAACUGGUUGGAGGGCUGUGCCCAGCGGGUUGUGGUGAAUGAAGUCCAGCUGGCGUCCCAUUACAAGUGGUGUCCCUCAGGGGUCGAUGCUGGGGCCUAUCUUGUUUAAUAUCUAUAUUGAUGACCUAGAUGAGGGGAUUGAGUGUACCUUCAUCAAGU